GGCGGGGAAAAAAGGCGGGAAAAUCAGCAUCAUGGUGAAUCACAUGGAGAAGGCUUGAAGAAGUUGCGAGAAAGUCUGAAUUCAUAGAACGAUGCUUUAUCUCUUCAUGUUUUCUAUCAUUCGUUGCAAGUAACAGGUUCACUUUCGUCACUGUAGCAGAAGUUGACCACAGUAAACAAAAGGAUGGAUUAUAAAGCACGUCGGCGUUACACAGCUGUCGUAGAAACGAGUUUUAAUAAUGAUUAUCCUCAUGAUAUACAAAUGUAUGAUGUGCCACCAGCAGGUGAAAUAUCGCUGGAAGAGUUUAAUGAAUUGGGAUUUGACAGAUUAAAAGCAUUACGACUGAUAGAAACGACAAAUUGUAGAAGCGAUCUGAAAACAUUAGAGGAUCGCAAGAAAGCCUUUGGCGAGUCUCUAAAACUUGAUGGGUUGAAAUACUAUAUGAAUCUAUUGUAUGCCGAUGGAUCUAAUCCACAAUCAGAGGAAUAUUCGCAAAUCAGGAAGAAAGAUCACAUAUCGCAUUUUAUUUUGAGAUUAGUAUAUUGUCAUAAUGUUGAACAAACAAAGUGGUUUAUUAAUCAGGAAGUUGAAUUCUUCAAAUUAAGGUUUAGCUCAUUAAAUAAGAAGGGCAUUGAACAUCUAUUGAAUAUUAACAGUAUGGAUUGUACGCCUGUUUCACCAGAUGAAAAACUUGAACUAAAAGAAGAGAUUAGUUCAUCGUCUGGAAAAGUUACAAACAUUGACAUUACUGAUGUUUAUAAAGUACCUUUUGAAAAAGUCACUGAUUUAGUCAGAGGACGUAAAGUAUAUCUCAAGGCAGGAAUGGCAUAUGUCACACAUAUGGAUUUAAUUUCUGUAUUUGUCUCUUAUUUUAAAGAAAAUUUAACUGCAGGAUUAGAGAGUGCAAAGGUUCUAUAUAGUAAUAUAUCUGAUGAUGAGAGGUUAACCAAAUAUUUAACUGAUCUUCCUUCAGCCUUCUCUGGAAUGGCACGUAUUGUGUGGUCAACUACAGCUACACCUAUUGAUAAACUGAACGAGUUAUCAAAGACAUCUUAUCCUUUAUGUAUGAGGACACUUCAUGAAGCACUAUAUACCAACAGUCACUUGAAGAAUUCAGGACGUAUGCAAUAUGGAUUAUUUUUGAAAGGUAUAGGCGUGACUUUAGAAGAUGCUCUACAUUUCUGGAGAGAUACAUUCUCAAAAAAGACAGACGGAGUUGCAUUUGAAAAAAAAUAUGCAUACUCCAUUAGGCAUUAUUUUGGUAAAGAGGGAAGACAAACAAAUUAUACUCCAUAUGGUUGUCAAAAAAUUAUAUCUAGUUCUGUCGGGCCUGGAGAAUAUCAUGGAUGUCCUUUCAGGCAUAUGGAUCGUGAUUCACUAUACCAAAAGUUAACUAGUUGCGGUAUAUUUGCCUCUAAUACAACUCAAAUAUUGGACCUAGCUAAAGAUGGACAAUAUCAUUUGGCAUGUGCCAAAUAUUUUGAAGUUAUACACAAUAAACCAGCAAGCAAACCACUUCUACAUCCAAAUGCAUAUUUUGCUGAAAGUCGUGCAAUUUUAGCCGAAGACGAUAGUAGUAGUAAAGAUUUGGACAACAAAGACAAAUUUUCUCAAAGUACGAUUAGAACUCCUGGAGGUCCGUCUUCAAAGAGAAGUGAUAAAUUUUCUACACCUUCUAGAAAUACAGAUUUUACUGGGACGCCAAAUAACAGAUACAGUACACCUACAGGAAAUACAGACGCAAUCGGAACGCCUUUGAGAAAAGAUCAAAAAGCAAGUUAUCAAACACCUAAACGAAAUAAAAUGACGCCAAUAAACAUCGCGGAAAUGCUAAAUGAUGAUGAUUUUACAGAAUAUAUGGAUGUAGAUUUUAUGACUCAGUGUUAACAAAUAGCGUUCUAUCUUCCUGUAUUAUUAAUGUAUUUAUAUUUUUUAAAUUUAACUUACAAAAUAACUCCAAAUGUAUAUUUUUUAUGCUAUUUAUCAAUACAUUUGUUAAUAAUUAUUAAACUAAAUAAAUUUUAAUAAAUAUUGUUUAUAUAGGAUAUCAAAUUGGAUAUCUAAUGAUACGAGAAUAAUUUUAGCAAAAUAUAUUGCUAUUCUUCUUGAUAUUUCAUCAUAUCUUUUUGUAUAAUAAUAGUAUAAAAUGAACAAUCCUAACGUUCUAAAAUCUAAAUUGUAGAAUAUGAAAGUCGAUAAAAAUCGAUAGUUACUAGAAUGCAAAGAAGUCAAUGAAAUAAUUUAUAAAAUAAAUAUUUCGUGUCUUGACAAUUUAAAUCUCUUUCAGUACAAAAUAUUAGCGAAUCAAUAAAAUCAAAUAAAAU